UCCAUUUUGUGAUUGGACGUUGUGUGAGAGGCACCGGCUUGUCUCUGAGCGUCUUCAAGAUCUCGCGGGAUUUCAGGUCUCACCAUUGGUUUUGAGGAGGAAAAAAAGGAAAAAGGUGGUUCCCUCUCCGCACCGGGCUGGCAGCAGAGCAGCACAGGUAGUCAGCGGCAUCUCCCGCUAAUCUACCCAGCGACACCUCCCGUCUCUGGAGUGGGGGGAGAAGUGUCCGGAGCCUCGGAGAAUCCGUCCCGCACCACCAUAUCCCGUCCAGGUCAGCGGACCGCCGUCCACCGCCGCCUCCGAACAUGAUACCUGGCCAGCGAAGAGCCGCGGUCAUGCUCCUGUCUGUGGCGAUAUUCGGAGCAAUGAUGCUGCAGCCCGUCCUCUCCCAGAACGCCGGCUUUGUCAAGUCCCCCCUCUCUGAGACUAAGCUCACAGGCGACACCUUUGAGCUGUACUGUGACGUAGUGGGGAACCCGACCCCAGAAAUCCAGUGGUGGUACUCUGAGAUAAACCGAGCCGACUCAUUUCGGCAGCUGUGGGACGGCGCCCGCAAGCGGCGGGUGUCGAUCAGCACCGCGUACGGCGUCAACUCGGUAAGCGUACUGGGAGUCACGCGCCUCACGCUGGAUGACGCCGGGACCUAUGAGUGCCGGGCCAGCAAUGACCCGCGGCGAAACGACCUCCACCAAAACCCAGCCACCACUUGGAUCCGAGCUCAGGCCACAGUCACUGUGCUGCAAAGUGAGUGGUCAAUAAAGUUGUUCUGUGUUUCAGCUGCUCCUGUGAUCACAGGCCACAAACGCAGUGAGAAUAAGAACGAGGGCCAGCGUGCUGUUCUCCACUGCAAGUCUCUGGGCUACCCCCACCCAAUGUGGACUUGGCACAAAGUGGACAAUAGUGGUUUUAAGGAUAUUGACAACACAACUGGACGCUUCUUCGUCAACAGCCGGGACAACUACACUGAGCUCCACAUCGCCAACCUGGACAUCAACGCCGAUCCUGGCGAGUACGCUUGCAACGCCACCAAUGUGAUCGGCAGCAGUACCGAGAAGUCUGUGUUGAGGGUUCGCAGCCACCUGGCCCCCUUAUGGCCCCUUCUGGGAGUUCUGGCCGAGAUCAUCAUCCUCGUCAUCAUCAUUGUUGUGUACGAGAAACGUAAGAAGCCAGAAGAUUUACAAGACGAUGAUGACCUAGGUGGACCAGUGAAAACAAACUCAACCAACAACCACAAAGACAAGAAUCUGCGCCAGAGGAAUACAAACUGAGCAGUGCGCCUGCUGAGUGUCAUCUCACAUGUAAUGACCACAUGAAGGUAAACAAGAAUGGACUCCAUAUCGAUUGUAACAUAGGAUGUAUCUGCCAUUAAAAGUAUGAUUGUUGAGAGUUCAAUGAGG